CGUGGUUUUAUUUGCACAGCUUCGUUGCAAGUGAAAUAUAACUAUGUACAUUAGUCGACGCUGAUUGUCAUUUCAAGUGCAUACCACUACCGCGCGUGGUUUAUCUACAUGCAAUUAAUUACAUCUGACCGAGGUUUAAAUAAAACUAUUUUAUCGACUUUUCCUAACAGCGAUUGGCCUUGUAAUUUCAUUCACCAGCGCAAUAGUUGUAUCAAGUUGUAUUACGCGUGCGUCGAUGAUGAUAGUUGUCAUUCCUCUUUAGUUCCAUGGUUCAUGAUAAAAGUGGAAACUGACAAUUUAGGAAAUAGUAUUUGGCUUUAGCCAACAUCUGGCGAUCUCUAAUUUCUCUAAUUCGGUGAAGUUUGAAAACAUAAAAGAAAAGAAAGAAAGAAUGGCAAAAUCUAAGACGACUGUCUAUAUACGUGUAUGAUUCGAAAUACUUGUUGAGAAGGAACAUUUCCGAUAACAGAAAAAAAGAUAGGUUUUGUUUGUGACAGUUAUCACGGACACGGACAUUUUUACAUCUAAAUUUAGUUAAAACAAGAUACAUUGUUAAGACUGUUUUAAAACCAUGAAGAAGAUAGUGUAAUAACAGCCAAUUGAGUGGGAUAACGUUUCUUCCUCUUGAAGAUCUAAUUCAUUGAUGCAAGAUACAAUCAUUAUGAAUUCUGUAGUCAUGUUUAUUUUAAUGUUUAUUAUGCUAAUUAAUGUCAAAGAUGGAAUGUUGAUAUCACAGCAUCCAAAGUUACUGGUGGUAUCCUAUGAUGCUUUCAGAUAUGAUUACUUUAACAGAAAUCUAACACCUUUCAUGAACAAAUUAAAACAUGAAAGCACAUAUGCUGAUUAUAUAAUGAACAUUUUUGUCACAAAAACAUUUCCCAAUCACCAUACUAUGGCCACAGGAUUGUAUGCAGAAACACAUGGUGUUAUAGAUAAUGAAUUUUAUGAUCCUGCUUCAGGGAAUACAACAAAAUAUUCUUACAAUUUAUAUCACUAUAGUAAUAAUGUUCUUCCUAUAUGGGCUGCCAAUGAGAAAGGAGGUGGCCAAAGACGUAGCGGUUCUAUGAUGUGGCCUGGUGGAGUAUUUGAAUACCAAGGAGUUUCUGCCACAUUUUCGCAGAAUUUUAAUAGUACUGUACCUUGGGAAGAGAGAAUAGACACUUUAGUGUCAUGGUUUAUCGAUCCUAUACAUCCGAUUAACUUUGGAAUAAUAUACAUCGAAGAACCAGAUUACCAUGGUCACGGGAUCGGAAUAAAUAGCCCCGAAUUUGACGAUAUUCUUAGAAAAUUAGACAACAUAACUAAGUACUUGCACAAUAAAAUAGAGCAGCAUGGUUUACAUGAUCUCAAUAUCAUUCAUUUAAGCGACCAUGGAAUGGCAUCCGUUAAGUUAGAUAGGAUAAUAGAUCUAACAAAGUAUAUUAACAGUUCUGAUUACAAAUUCGUGGGCACUUCACCAGGUUUACAUAUAUUUCCCAAUCCGGGUAAAGGAGACCAAAUAUACGAAGCACUGAAACAAGCAGCAACAAAAACAAAGACAUUCAAGGUUUAUAGAAGGGAGGAAAUUCCUAGGAAGUAUCAUUACGGAAAUAAUACACGCGUUGGUCCUAUUUUUGUUAUUGCUGAAGUUGGAUACGCGUUUCAGAAUCUUCUUGAUACUAUAGAAUACUAUAAAAAGUCUUUCAAUAUUACAGUAAAUGGCGACUCAGAGUUUGGUCUGCAUGGUUAUGAUAAUGCAGCACUAGAAAUGCAUCCAUUCUUUUUCGCGAAAGGUCCUGCAUUUAUCCCCAAGUGUAAACUGGAACCAUUUAACAACAUAGACUUGUUCCCUUUAUUUUGUAAAAUACUCGAUUUAGAGUGCCCGGCAGUAAAUGGCACUCUGUCGCAUAUAACUAAGUGCCUUAAGAAACAUCAACAAGAUAUCACAGUUAUCGCUUAUAGAAUGAUAUUUGUAGCCACGACUAUCUCUAUGACAAUGGUAGGAAUAAUAGGAGCGAUUGUAAUGUUUUAUAUGAGGAAGCGACAAUUAGGUGCAAAAAGUUACAGGAGAUAUUAUCUAUUGGAUGGAUAAUAUGUAUAAACUAACAAGCAAUAGACGAAAUAUAUUCAUUUUCAUAUUAUACAUAACUAAACGAAAUGGGUUGAGAAAAUGAUCUUAAAAAACAUAAGUCAUAAUAUGAAAUAACAUCACUACACAGAAUAAAUGAAAAUAAUGUUAAUUUCAUUUUCAAUAAAUAAAGUCUUAUUUCGUCAGACUUUGAAGUAUAUAAUAUAAUAGAGCUUUUCUUUUUAAAUAAUUGACGGUCUUAGAUAUUCUAAUCAAAGUACAAUUAUUCAGAAUUAUAAAUAAAAAUUAUUGAAUUCGUGCAAAAGUAAAUUUUUGUACUAGUUUCUUUAUAGGAAAUUAUUAAUGAUGCUUUAGCGAAAUCUAUGUAGCAAAUUUUAAUCUUUAGAUUGUACAUUGAAGCACAAGAUAAAAAUAAAUUCUUUAAUAAAGGAUACACAUAUUUCUCAUUUAUAUGGGUAUAAACAAUUGAUUCAGAGAAAGAAUAAUACAUAAUACUUUCUUGUGGCAUUUUGUUAGAAAUUUGUUGUCCUCUAAUAUUACUGUCGUAUAAAAUAACAAGACUUUUGUUUUUAGAAGAAUACUGGAAGAUUUGGAAGCACAGUACCAUUGGGAUGAAAAAUACGAUAUUCAAAAUGCUACUUGCAAGUAAAUUUACAAAGAUUUAUUUCCAAACUUUUUCUUUCUGCUUAAUGUUUAAGAUGAAUUAUCUCUUUUCAUAUGCAGAAAACAAAACUUCGGAAAUAUGAAUAUUAAUAAUUUAUCUAUUUUUCUUUCCAGAUUAAGCAAUUAUCCUGAUUUAUUCAUAAUUUCAUGCCACACGAAUAGUAGACGUUCAUAUGCAAAUAAAGGGAACGUUAAAUAUAGGAAAUCUCUUUUUCACGAUAGGUGACACAUGUUUCACGCAUUGUAUGGUCAAACGCAUAACUUUUAAAAUGCAUAUAAAUGAGAAAAUACUUCUGUGAUAAUGAAAAUUUACAUCUUCAGACAAGUUUCUGAAUAAUGUAUUUAAGUAUAUGAAUAAUCAUAUUAGUUAUCUUACUGGGUGUACAGAUUUUUAUGAGUUUCUAUAAGGUACACUCCUUUGAACUUUUAUCUCUUUAGGUUAUGUAAUGCUAUUCAUUAUAGUAACGAUAUUUUAUCAGAUUAGAGCGUAAAAUAAAAGAACCGUCUAGAAAAUGAGGUUUUACCUUUCAAUUUGUACAUACUGUCGAUAACAGUAUAAUAUAAAAUGUGAAAGAUGCCAUGCGUGGACAAUAUUUGGUAAAUCUAUUUAAGUUGUAACAAAUAAAUUGUUCUGCACAGUAUUAUUUUAGAGUUUAGAAUGUAAGAUAAUUCAUCGUGUACAUUUCCAGCAAGUUAUUUUAUGGAAUUAAACUAUAGAUCACGUACAUUUAUCAUACUCAAACACCAAUUGUAUAAUGCUCAUAUGUACAUACGUCACGUAUAAAUAUUGAUGCUAUCACAGCACACCUAACAAGUGUUUUUUAAUAAAAUAUAUAUCCACAA